AUGGCUGAAGCCCAGCUGUAUGGAUUACAAGACGAGUUCACCUGCUCGGUGUGUCUGGACACUCUGACUGACCCCGUCACCAUCCCCUGUGGUCAUAAUUUCUGUCUGAAGUGCCUCACAAACUACUGGGAUCACAGCCAAGAGUGCAGCUGUCCUCAGUGCAGACACACCUUCACCACAAAGCCUGAGCUGAACAGAAACACUCUGCUGAAUGAAGUCAUCAAGAAAUUAAAGAAGACAACACUCAGUUCUCCUCAUCCUCAGAAUUAUGCCGGCCCUGGAGACGUGGAGUGUGACUUCUGUACUGGUAAGAAGCUCAGAGCAGUGAAGUCCUGUCUCACCUGCAUGGCCUCCUACUGUCAGACUCACCUGCAGCCUCACUAUGAAGUUGCGACCCUGAAGCACCACAAGCUAGCUGAUCCUGAUAGAAAUCUGAAGGAGAAACUCUGUGAAAAACAUCAGAAACGUCUGGAAAUGUUUUGUAGAACUGAUCAGAUGUGUAUCUGUAUGAUGUGUGUGGUGACUGAACAUAACGGUCAUAAAAUGGUCGAGCUGGAGACGGUAAGAGAAGAAAAGCAGAAACAGCUGGGGGUGACACUGAGUGACAUCAAGAAAUCCCAGGUGUUACACAGUGGAGACUCAGACAGCAUCACCCUAAAGUCCUCUGAUAUUCCAUCAGCUGCUUAA